GGGGAGCAGGAAGUCCGGACGCAGCCCCCAUAGAUAUGGCAAUGGUAGUCAGCACGUGGCGCGACCCCCAGGACGAGGUGCCCGGCUCCCAGGGCAGCCAGGCCUCGCAGGCGCCGCCCGUGCCCGGCCCGCCGCCCGGCGCCCCGCACACGCCGCAGACUCCCGGCCAGGGGGGCCCGGCCAGCACGCCGGCCCAGACGGCGGCCGGCGGCCAGGGCGGCCCCGGCGGCCCGGGCGGCGACAAGCAGCAGCAGCAGCAGCACAUCGAGUGCGUGGUGUGCGGGGACAAGUCGAGCGGCAAGCACUACGGCCAGUUCACGUGCGAGGGCUGCAAGAGCUUCUUCAAGCGCAGCGUGCGGAGGAACCUGAGCUACACGUGCCGCGCCAACCGGAACUGUCCCAUCGACCAGCACCACCGCAACCAGUGCCAGUACUGCCGCCUCAAAAAGUGCCUCAAAGUGGGCAUGAGACGGGAAGCCGUGCAGAGGGGAAGGAUGCCGCCCACCCAGCCGACCCACGGGCAGUUCGCGCUGACCAACGGGGACCCCCUCAACUGCCACUCGUACCUGUCCGGAUAUAUUUCCCUGCUGCUGCGCGCCGAACCCUACCCGACGUCUCGCUUCGGCAGCCAGUGCAUGCAACCCAACAACAUCAUGGGCAUCGAGAACAUUUGCGAACUGGCCGCGCGGAUGCUCUUCAGCGCCGUCGAGUGGGCCCGGAACAUCCCCUUCUUCCCCGACCUGCAGAUCACGGACCAGGUGGCCCUGCUUCGCCUCACCUGGAGCGAGCUGUUCGUGUUGAAUGCGGCGCAGUGCUCCAUGCCCCUCCACGUCGCCCCGCUCCUGGCAGCCGCUGGCCUGCACGCUUCGCCCAUGUCCGCCGACCGGGUGGUCGCCUUUAUGGACCACAUACGGAUCUUCCAAGAGCAAGUGGAAAAGCUCAAGGCACUGCACGUCGACUCGGCCGAGUACAGCUGCCUCAAGGCCAUAGUCCUGUUCACCUCAGAUGCCUGUGGUCUCUCUGAUGUAGCCCAUGUGGAAAGCUUGCAGGAAAAGUCCCAGUGUGCUUUGGAAGAAUACGUUAGGAGCCAGUACCCCAACCAGCCAACGCGGUUCGGGAAGCUUUUGCUCCGGCUCCCUUCCCUCCGCACCGUCUCUUCCUCAGUCAUAGAGCAAUUGUUUUUCGUCCGUUUGGUAGGUAAAACCCCCAUCGAAACCCUCAUCCGGGAUAUGUUACUGUCCGGCAGCAGUUUUAACUGGCCCUACAUGGCAAUUCAAUAAAUAAAUAAAAUCAGAAGGGGGAGUGAAACAGAGAAAGAAAAGGCAAAAGACUGGUUUGUUUGCUUAAUUUCCUUCUGUUAAGAAAGGAUAUAAAAGGAUGUUACAAGUUUGCUAAAAGAAGAGAGGGGAAGAAUUUAAUGGACUGUGAAUUUCAAAAAAAAAAAAAGACUGUCAAAUGAACUUUUACAGAAUGCAUUAAAAAAAAAAACUCCUGUGUCGGUCAGAACAACUUGCUACUUAUCAUUUUUGUAUAAAAAGGAAAUUAGUCUUUUUCUUUUUUUGGUAAAUUUUUGAAAAAUAUUGCUAAAAGUGCAUUUAAGGAGAUUGGGAGAAAAUUAGCAGAAUGGAGAAAGUAAGUCUUUUUUUUUCCAAAUUAUUAAUUGUCCUGUGUCUAUGUACCUCUAGCUGUUCUUUUUUUGUACUUUUCUGGUUCCAAACCAGUUUAUUCUGUGGUUCUAUAAUAAGUUUUGAUAUAAUCUUGGCUUCUUAAAAACUGUGUAUCAUUAAAGUAUAUGUUCUGCAAGAAUUAAAACUGAGUCCAUGAAAAUAUCAUAGGAAGACAUAAAACUUUUGAAAGGCAACUCAGAGAUGAUGGAAACGCACUUACAAGUGGUGACCAAAAAUGUUAGGUGAAGUUGAGCACUCUUAAUUAGAGAACGGGAGGAACCACAAACAACACUUAACUGCCCCCAGCCCCUCCCCCCAAAGACAUGAUGACAAACCUAGCUUUUUAAAAAUAUUUUAAGAAAGAGAAUGAACUGUGGAAUUUAUUGGCAGCCAAGGAAUGUGUCCAAGACACAUGCUGAGGUUUUGAAUAAAAAGUGAACUUUUGUAAUUUGAAUUGGGUCCCUGCUUAGUUCUUGAAUUGUUAUGAAAAUCCUAUAUCUGUUUGUAUAUUUGCAAACCCUUUGUAUUAUAAUUGUUGAUAUUUUCCCUUUUUAAAAAAAUACCAUUGAAAUCAGCAUGACAAAAUAACACUGUUGGCACUUAUAGGUAACGUGAUUGAUUCAGUAUCUUAGAGUUUACAGUUUGUGUUUUAAAAAAAACUGAAGGUUUUUUUUUUAAGUGCAACAUUUCUGUAUACUGUAAAAGUUAUAAUAACUGAACUGUUUGGUCGAGUCUUUGUGUGUUAUAUUCCAAGGAAAAUUGAAAGUAUUCAGAAAUUAAAAUAUUAUUUGAUAUCUGAAA